AAACCAAUCACUCCUCCUCCUCCUCCUCCUCCUCCUCCUCCCAAUUGGCGUUCCAACGCGUCGCUGUCUGAACCUUGGAACGACUCGUUACAGAAACACUCGACCCGUCGAUGUUUACCGUAUUUUUUUAAAACCAAAGCUAUUGGUUUCUCUCUCUCUCCCUCUCUCUCUCUCUCUAUUUGCUCCUAGUCCCUGUGGAGUGGGUGGUUGUGAUACCACGAUAUGUUCUCAUUCUGUCAAACCCAUUUCCCGGUCAAAGUUCCAAAAACUUCACACCAACUCUCUCUCUCUCUCUCUCUCUGUCUAAAAACAUGGAGAAGAAGCAAGGCUGCCUGAGCGGAAAAGAGAAGCAAGUCAUUCGGAACGAUCAAAUUCAUCAACGGGACAAGGUGGAGAGACCCGACAAGUCCCCGAAAGAAGAAGUGCUGCGGCUGGCUGCGACCGCGGUCAGCUUCAACAUGAGGCUGAGGUCGUCGGACAUGCCCGUCCACAUGCAAGAGCACGCCCUUCGCUGCACCCGAUCCUUCCUCGACUCGUCCCCCGGCCUCCGUCCCAACAACACCCACUUGGCUCGCGCUCUCAAGAAGGAGUUUGACUCGGUGUACGGGCCGGCGUGGCACUGCGUGGUGGGGAAGAGUUUCGGAUCGUUCGUGACUCACUCCCCAGGCGGCUUCCUCUACUUUUCUCUCGACUCGCUGUCCGUUCUUCUGUUCCAGACGGUGGUUCAACUGGUCACGGAACCGACCAGGUCGUAGACAAAUUUUGACUCGCUUCUCCUUGUCGGUAUUGAUUCUUGAAAAUUUACGCCAAUUGCCCAAUCGAAUUCGAUUAGUGGAAAGCAGGAAUUUUGUAAUUUUCUCGUGAUCCACAGGCUUUUUGAUUGUUAUGCUCGCCUGCGAUACGCGAUAUCUGCUGUCAAUAUGAGAGGGGAAUGCAAUAUGCAUGUAGAUGAAACUCAAUUCGCGUUUUUGUUUUUUGGUUUA